GAGUCACAUGAGCGUCUCUGCGGCCGGGUACCAGCUAGGUUAGCCAGCUUCCUGUUGGGCUACGAGACAUCAGACAUAGACGUUUACGGUUCACACAGGAAUAAAGCCUGUAGAUACUUAAAGAUGCCCUUCUCCGAGCUGUACUUUAACGUGGAUAAUGGCUAUCUGGAAGGGCUGGUUCGAGGUUUCAAGGCUGGUAUCCUCACCCAGGGGGACUAUCUCAACCUCGUACAGUGUGAGACGCUGGAAGAUCUGAAGCUGCACCUGCAGAGUACAGACUAUGGAAGUUUCCUAGCGAAUGAGGCAUCUCCCCUCACUGUGUCCGUCAUUGAUGACAAACUGAAGGAGAAGAUGGUGGUAGAGUUCCGCCACAUGAGGAACCAGUCAUAUGAGCCUCUGGCCAGCUUCAUGGAUUUCAUCACGUACAGCUACAUGAUUGACAACGUCAUUCUCCUCAUCACGGGCACUCUGCACCAGCGGGCGAUAUCUGAACUGGUACCCAAAUGCCAUCCGUUGGGCAGCUUUGAGCAGAUGGAGGCGGUCAACAUUGCUCAGACCCCGGCUGAACUGUACAACGCCAUUCUGGUGGAUACACCCCUGGCUGCUUUCUUCCAGGAUUGCAUCUCUGAACAGGAUCUUGAUGAGAUGAACAUUGAGAUAAUUCGUAACACCUUGUACAAGGCAUAUCUCGAGGCCUUCUAUAAGUUCUGCAGCAAUCUGGGUGGAACCACAGCUGAUACAAUGUGCCCUAUUCUUGAGUUUGAGGCUGACAGGAGGGCCUUCAUAAUCACCAUCAACUCGUUUGGGACGGAGCUGUCUAAAGAGGACCGGGCCAAGCUGUUCCCCCACUGUGGGAAGCUCUACCCUGAGGGCCUAGCCCAGCUGGCUCGUGCCGACGACUACGAGCAGGUCAAAGCUGUGGCUGAUUACUAUCCCGAAUACAAGCUUUUGUUUGAAGGCGCUGGCAGUAACCCAGGAGACAAAACCCUGGAGGAUCGCUUCUUUGAGCACGAGGUGAAGUUGAAUAAACUGGCCUUUCUGAACCAGUUCCACUUCAGUGUGUUCUACGCCUAUGUGAAGCUGAAGGAGCAGGAAUGUCGCAACAUUGUGUGGAUUGCAGAGUGCAUCGCUCAGAGGCACCGUGCCAAAAUCGACAACUACAUCCCCAUUUUCUAAUGGUAUAGCCUUUCUAAUUUAAUCUUCCUCUUCUUUAAAUGGCCCUGUUAUUUAUAAAUGCUAUAUAUUUUGAUUCAUUCCUGUAAUGUGUAAUGAUAACAUGUCUUUGUGUAAGCUCUGGCAGCAGCUUAGUUCAGGUUUACCCUGUUUGUUUCAGAGGAAAUCAUGGGCUAGUUUAGUAAUAUGAAACGUUAAUGUCUACACCAGAGCACAGUCCAGUUGAUGUGGUACUGAGACACUAUCAUGUGGUAUUCCUUUAUCAGGAUGUAUCAUUAAGAAUAAUACAGCCCACCCCAUUUUGCUGUGGACAGUGUGUCUAUUGAGACCCAAGCUGUCAUCUGGGCAUGCUUCUUACAGUGUGCCGACACCUCCCGGUCUUUCAGAUGCAGCUUUUGGGGUCACGUGCAUUUGAGCACAAGCCCUGACUGUAAUCAAACUUAGUGAAUUAGUAUUCCUGGUAUGCAUGAUCCACUAUUGUGAACAUUCCAUUUUUUUUAUCUGUCUGUGCACAGCUGGCUAAUUAUACUAAAUCAUUUUUCAUUUCAGAACAUUAAAAGCAACUUUUGAAUUUGAAAAAGAUGCAGAGCCAUCCCUCUGUAAGAUGUAUAUUGGUCCUUUCACAACCACCUGUAGGGUUCAUCCUUACUCAAAUAUUGUGAGUAUAGAGACAGUACUGGAAAUGUGUGGGGGGAGAGCUAAAUGGAACAAAUGUGUUUAUAUGGAGUGUUGUUCCUUCUUAAUUAUUUGUGUGGAAGUUUAAAAUCUGUGUGAACUGUGCUCAUCCUCUUUUCUUGUAAAUUAGUGUUGAUAAAUUAGUACAUGGCUAACUUAUGGUGUAGAUCAGAUUUUAUGAAUGAGAGUCAAAUGUUAAAGGUAUGACUUGUAUAUGAAUAUAUCUGGACUUGAGAAAGACUUUACUUUCAGGCAUCUCAUGUUGUAAAAAUUGUGUUGCUGUAACCA